UCCUCUUAACCCUCUUCCUCCUCCUCAGGGUCGUGGCUCAGGGUUUCCAGGCAGAAGGAGGUCCAGAGGAGGAGGAGGAGGUGUUGGAGGAGGAAGAGGAGGGAGAGGAAGGAGCCGCCUGAAGACUAACGACAGUCUGACUGUGGUACCUGGAGGAGGCUACGUGCAGGUGUUCCAGACCAAGGAGGAGGAGGAGAACUCCAUGCACAACACCGUGGUGAUGUUCUCCACCUCAGACCAAUUCACUCUCAAACAGGACAUGUGUGUGGUGUGUGGCAGCUUCGGUCAGGGAGCAGAAGGUCGACUGUUAGCCUGCUCCCAGUGUGGACAGUGUUACCACCCCUACUGCGUCAACGUCAAGGUCA